UACGAUCGUAAACCGAUGACCACCGUACGCAUUGCUUCUUCCGCAGUCGAUGGAGUGGGGUACUUCACCGUGCCGCGGGGGAAGCCGUCACGGUGACGUGCCUGAGGGCAGAGAGGCGGACCCGGCUGUGCAGCAGCCGCCGAGCAGCGUGUCUCCACCAACACGAUGAAACAUGGAUGAGGAGGUCACAGAAAGUUGGGAGGAAGCGGCUGAUAACGGGGAAAUGGAAAAGCGGUUAGAGGAGAAACUAAGAAUCAGCCAAAGAGAGAAAGAGUCAAGUAACCACCAUUGUUCUUCGCACUCGCCACUGAAGACAGCCAUGGUGAUCCAGGACGACUGUCUACCAGCAGCGCCACCACCUCAGAUUCGCAUCUUGAAGCGGCCCGCGAACAAUGGGUCGCUGGGGUCCCCCUCGAACCAGAACAGGCCCACGCCCCAGGUCAAGUCGCUAGCACAGCGCGAGGCGGAGUACGCUGAGGCUCGCAAGAGAAUUUUGGGGAGCGCCUGUCCGGAGGAGACGGCCCAGGAUAAGAACGCCUCAGACAGGACCGGUCGCAUCAACUCUACGUUGCCUUCAGAGGACACCAGAUCCAACAAUCACACGAUCCGACAGCCAAACAGCCCCGACGGCACCCAAGGUUUCCGACAGCACAGAUAAAUUGGACCUAGGGGCCACCGUAAGGAGAGUGAGCCUUUUUUGGGGAGGAGGGAGGGGGAGACAAGAAGCACUACAUUGCCCCAAACUUUCUUCCCACUUCCUCUACAGGAAGAGCAUUCGCCCUCCCUCCCUCCUUCCAUCUCGACACUGUGACAAUGAACACCUGGACUCACUGUGACGAUCCCUUUAUAAGGAACGCCUCACUCCUCCUCUCCAAGCAAAGACUAGCAAAGAGGAGGUGCAGUGAGGUGAUGGCCAUCCCCCAGCAAUAAUAGCCAAGACGUCACUUUAUAGUUGUCAUUUUUAAAUCUUUCACGUUGGGCUCACCAACUUUUUACCUUUUGUUUUUUUCCCUCAGAUUUGGGAUUAUUACAACGGUUUCUCCGCUUGGUCGUUUUUACAUAAAUCAUUUGUAAAGAGGACUUGCCAGCAUAGCCCUUGAGAUACAUAAACCAUGUGAAAUGUAGCCAUUGUUUUGGGGAUGCAAAAUUGAUCAUCUCAUGGUGUCGCAGCGUGGCUUUAUCAGCGCGCCCCUUACCAGCAUGUUGCCAUUUGUUUUGAACCAUUUUAUUUCUGCUUAAUUUUGUUUUUUCGUUGCCGGCCUUUCUCCACGGUUUAUCACGUCGCUCUGUUUUAAAAGUAAGCGCCUUGAGUAAAGUAAGCGGGCUUGGCGUUGACCUUUUUAAAGGAGCUUUUCUGCCUUUUAAAUAUACCAGACGGCAGUAACGCCAGAAGUAUUUUAACCCAAGAACAAAGAUGGGAAUCAGGUUACCCAGCAUACUUUGUACAUAAAGCAUGAGUUUCCUUUCCUUUUAGCAAGCUUGGCUAUGUCUUCUCCAGCGCAACACGUAGGAAGUUAACUCUUUCAAAUGCUUACAGAAUGAAUCAAAAAGGAUUUUAUUUCCUAUUUUUGUUUCUUUUUCAUGAAUUUAUGCCAACAUGGUGUGUGUUGUCAGUUUGAAAUGUUUAACUCCUUGUGCAAAAGGUCACUGCUGGAAUUCUGACACUGCUAUGAAUGAGGAGGAUAUAUGAUUUGAACAUGAUCCAGAGAGCAGAAAGCAAGUCACCGGUUAGCCGAAAAAUGAUGUUUCAUGUCGUUUACCCCACCCGUAUUUUUUUUUCCACGUAGACUUCGAGAAAGCCAUAUUUUGUGGUACAAGCCAUUGAUGGAAAGGUUUGAUUCUGCCUGUAUCUUUUUUUUUUACUUCCUGGGGGUGCAAGUGGAGAGUGUGACUGAAAACAG